AUGGCAUCGUCGUUCAUCGAGGACAAGUCUUUGAAAAUGCUCAACCAAGUCCGAUUCUCGAAACACCAACAGGGCCCUUCCCUAAAUGCAUACUUUCACUUCCAGCGAAAGCAGUCAGAUACGCCUGAACCCCAUCUCCAACAGGCUUGGUUCCGAUCCAUGAAACUCGUUCUAGACGAAAUCGACACCGCACUACGAUGCGUACCGACUCACUUCCCGCUGAGCUUCCUAGACGUUGGUUGCUGCCCAGGAGGAUUCUCAUCGUACAUCCUAUCCAAGAACCCAAACGCCUACGGCGUCGGCCUCUCCCUUCCCGUCUCAAGCGGCGGGCACAGCUUCCUCCUCGAAGAAGACCUCCAACCCCGUCUCGAACUCCACCUAGCAGACAUAACCACAUACCAACUAGGCACAUACCUAUACCCAAACUUACGACCCCUCCCUUCAAGCCUCAUAACCCACACAUUCGACUUGGUCCUCCUGGACGGCCACCCCCUACGCGUAGCCGAGGCAGACGGGUUAGCGCCGCUCAACAACGUCAGCGACCGACUGCUCAUAUCCCAAUUGAUCAUCGGGAUACAAAGCGUCUCCCCAUUCGGAACGAUCGUGAUCAAGCUUUCGAAACCCGAAAGGCCAAUCACCGCGAAGAUCCUCUACAUCCUCGACUCGAUCUCAUGUGAACUAUUGACCUGGAAACCCGUAUGCAUGCACGCGACCAGACCGACGUUUUAUGCAGUCGCAAAAGGGGUCAGGUAUACCCAGCGCCAUGCGAUGAUCGUGCAUGCGCUGAAGGAACUUUGGGUUCGAUUGACGUUUGGUGGUGCCUAUGGGACGACGUUGCCCAGGCGGAUGACGCCUCUGGAUUUCAAUUCGAUUGUGAGUCAGGAGGAGAUGGUGGCGUAUAAGCCGAGGUUGGUGAAGCUUAGCCAGCACCUUUGGGAUGUGCAGAGGCAGAGCUUGGAGGGGUGGUAUAAGGAGGAGGGGUUGGUCUCCUAA